AUGGUUGACGGAUACACAAUCUUUGGACCACACAACUCUGAUUUAAUUGGUAACAGGUAUACACUGCACGUAGACAUUUCCAAUGAAUUGGCCGAUGUACCUCUUCUGUCUCCUCCAAGACUGACAUGCUUCCUCGAAACCAAUCGACCAAAAUCACAAGGAUAUGUUCAGAUCAAAUCUACUGAUCCGUUUGUCGACCCGAUCAUCUUUGCCAACUACUAUGAUCAUGAAGGUGAUGCAGAAGAUGCAGCUCUAGAAAUGUUUAACAUUAAAUCAACAACAACAUUAUAUACAAUUUUUGACACAUUGUGUCAACAAACCAUUCCAACAUGUUUUUACAAAGACAUUAAAAAUGAUCGUCUUUAUGACUUGACACCAUUCACAUACACCAAUUAUCUCAUCUGGAUGGACAAUAUACUUUUUAAAUCAAACCCAUUCUGUAAUACAGAUGGUGCUGCCAGUUGCAAUGUAUAUGAAGGAUCCACAACCCAAGGUGUAUCAUCGUACGUCAAUACCUCGGUAUUCUUGCCACUUGCAUCAAACUUACCAAAAGGCGUUGCCAUCAAGGCAACUAAACCAAGUAGUAGUGGGUGUCCAACCGGUAACAAUGUUACUGUCAACUACCUAUGUGGAGGUUCCAAGAGUCAGUAUAAAAUACAUUGUACAGAACCUACCAAAUGUACCUAUCAAUGUGAUCUUACUCAUCCUGAUGUAUGUCCACUUGUUCAUUCUGUUAGUGGUGGUCAAUCUUCAAACUAUGGUGUUAUUACAUUCUUUAUUCCAAUUCUCUUUAUCAUUUCUCUAUUUAAAUCCAUAUGA